AUGGCUCUUUUCGCGAGACAUGAUGAUGAUGGGGACAUGCCGGGUAUGGAUAUGGAUAUGGGAAGCAUGAGCCCGGGGAACCAUGUUCCAGGUUACUUCUACAUGCAGAGAAUGUUCUGGGUGGUUAUCGGUUCCGUCAUUGCUUUCGCAGCCCUGCUGAAUGUCCUUGACCAUAUCCUCCUCUGGCAACGGCAGCGAAGCCUCGACGCGAAGCCAAAGUCUUUUCUCUGGAGCUUCUAUGCGACAGCAACAGCCAUCAGCCGCGAAAUCAAUGCUUCCUCUCUUCCCACCUAUCAAUUUGGGUGGUUGAAGUUCCGCUCGCCUCCCUUGGGCAAAGUCAUUGUGGUUCUGGCAUACCUCACCACCGUCUGUGUGUUUUGCUUCUACAAAUACGACACUGAAGAUCAAUGGAGCUGGGAGAACAUCGCGUACCGGUGUGGAUGUGUGGCUCAAACACAACUACCUCUAAUCUUCCUCCUCGCGGGUAAGCAAAACAUCAUCGGCUUUUUGUCCGGCGUCGGCUACGAACGACUUUCUUGGUUACAUCGAUGGGUUGCCCGGGUUCUGUGGCUGACUGCUACUUUCCACAUGGGUUUUUUUUUCCGAAGCUGGGCUCGCUACGAUUACAUCAAAGUGAUGCUUACUACGGAUAAUAUGACCCAGACCGGCUUCGCUGCUUGGUGCAUCUUGACCGCCGUUGUGGCUACCUCCUUUGCACCGAUGCGACGCUUGAGCUACGAGGUUUUUCUCGUUCUGCACCUUAUCCUUUUCUCUGGAUUCAUUGGAUGUGUUGUGAUACACGUUGACUAUGGACCGGGCUACGUCUGGGCGUGUGUUGCAAUCUUCUUCUUCGAUCGGGUCCUCAGAUUUGCCAUCACUCUUUUCGCCAACUUCUCAAUCUUCCAUCGAAGAGUGCCGGGAAGAGAUUGGCUUUGGGCAAACAGAGCAACCUUGACCCCCCUGCCAGGAAACGUCACGCGGAUUACAAUUGACAAGCCAGUCCUGAGGUGGAAUGCGGGACAGCACGUCUUUCUUUCGUGCCAUACGGUGGUUCCUUUGCAGAGUCAUCCAUUCAGCAUCACCUCGAUCCAGUCCGAUGAAAAGUUGGAAUUUCUGGUUCAAGCACAAAGCGGUGGCACAAAACGGUUCCAUCGGUUUGCCCAGAAGAAUUUGGGCCUACCGAGUCAGGGAGAUCUCGCUGUGCGCCGACGUAAGCUCGUCGGAAUUGAAGGUCCCUACGGCCAAAUCAGGCCAUUGCGACAAUUUGACAGCAUCUGUUUCUUUGCUGGAAGUACUGGCGCUUCUUUCACAGUGCCCCUGAUGCGCGACAUCAUACACCGGUGGAAGACUAGCGUUUCUGGUGCUGGCAUCGUCACGAAGCGCGUCCGGUUUGUAUGGGUGGUGAAGGCUCGCGAUCGAGUGUCCUGGUUUCGGAAAGAGUUGGAGAGCGCGUUAAUGGACGUUGACGAAGUCCGGCAACACGAUGGUCAUUCUGACAAGGAACUGGACCUCAGCAUCUAUGUGACUUGUGACGAUAAAUUGGAAGCAUCCACUACCGAAUUUAGAUCUGAGCAACUGGCACAUGGCACGGCUGAGAUAGCCGCUAUUGAGACCAAACAGGCUGGAACAGGCCCAAAAGUCACGGAGGAAACCGUUGACGUUCGAUCGGUGGCGUCCAAAGACAACAGCCAAGAUGGUUGCGGUCCAGACGGAAGUUGCUGCUGCAGGAAUACCGUUGACGAGGUUGGAGAACCCAAAACUUGUUGUUGCUGUGCUCCCACAUCAAGUGCAGAAUCCUCGUCCAUGUCGUCCCUCGAUGAGAAAGGCUCCACUGAAGCAAAUACUUCUACACAACGCCUCAAGCUGGUGGGUGGUCGGCCGAAGCCACGAAGUAUCAUCCGCAAAGUCCUGGAGGAGGCAGAGGGAGAAAGCGCAGUGGUGGUUUGCGGGCCACAGGGCUUACAGGACGAUGUGCGACGAAGCGUGGUCGCAUUAUCAGAUGAACGAGCGGUACAUAAGGGAACUGGCGCGCAAGGGAUAUAUCUUCACGUAGAGGGCUUUGGUUAUUAG